AUGCCUCCCAAACGCAAACCCUCCUCAACCCCCCCUCUCCAUCCCCCCUGCACACAUCCCCACGUCCUCACCACCUCGCACCCCUCGUCUCAAUUUCCCCGCGUCUCUGCAUCGCGUCGCGCAGCCGCCACCACAGCUUCCGGAAUACAUAAAACUGGGAUUACAGAUACGUACAUUCAUGAUUUCGUAUCAGAUCUAGAGUUCGCAUCUACAUUUCCUGCCCCCUUGGUGCUGCAAGGGGAUGCGUUGGAGAUUGAUGCGCAAGAGCCUGGUCAAAAUUUUCGGGCAUGGGAGAGAGGAAAACAUAGGAAUGCGGUGCCGGGAGUGGAGGAAGGGGGAAGGAGGAUAAUUUAUGUUGUGGGGCCGCCGGGGAUGGAUGGGGAGGAGAUAGAGAGGUUUAUGAAGGGGUGGGAGGAGUGCGAGGUUGGGCGCGGUGGUGAUAGAGUAGGAGAUAAAGGUGUUGAGAAUGAGAAAAUGAAGAUGGAUGGUUGGAUGUUGGAUGUUGUCUUUUAUCUUCAAGCUUUCUAUCACGGUCUCCCGGUUAAACAAAUGGAUUCCUCGCUUUUGCAGUUCACACCAUGGGAAGAUACCUCUCCAUCCUCAGCAUCUAAAUCUAAAUCCUCCAAAGCCAAACCCAAAUCCAGAACCACCUCCAAAAAGAUCCCACCCACCUACAUCAGCCUCCGCACCUCCACCUUCAAAACCGGGAUCCGCUACCGCCUCACCCCCUCCUCCCCAUUUACCCACCAACUAAAUCUCUCCGACCUCCUCGAUCUCGCCAUCGACAUCCUACCCUCAGACGCAUACGCACUACUCAUGCUCGUAAACCACGAUUUAUACGAAGACGACGACGAUGAAUUUGUCUGCGGGAGAGCUUACGGCGAAAGUAGAGUAGCUGUUGUGAGUACCGCGCGCUACAGACCUGAAUUAGAUGCUGUGCAGGGAAUCGAGGGAAUCCAUGCUUGGCCGGGGAGUCACUGUAUUGAAUAUAUGAACGAGGUGUGUGGGAUUAAGAAAGGGAAACGGAAGAGAGGAGAAAAUGAAGAUGCAGAUAAAAAUGAUGAAUGCGCAAUAGCAGGAAGUCCUCUAGCACGCGCAGUAACCCAACAAAACACUCUCCCUCCACUAUCUCUAUCUCUAUCUCCCAUUGUUUCUGAAGACGCACUGAAAGGUCUAUUCCUCAGCCGUAUAUGUCGCACUGCGUCUCAUGAGCUGGGCCAUUGUUUCGGAAUCGCACAUUGUCCUUAUUAUGCAUGUUGUAUGCAAGGGAGUGCGUCGAUACAGGAAGAUGCGAGACAACCUCCGUAUCUGUGUCCGGUGGAUUUGAAAAAGGUGGUUAUGGCAACGGGGGCAGAUGUUAGAAGGAGGUAUGAGGCGCUGUUAGGGUUUUGUGAGAGCCAUGGGAGCGCGCAUAUGUUUGUGGCGUUUGGAGAGUGGAUUCGAGGAAGGUUGGAGCAGAUAGAGAGGGUAGAGAGGGGUGAGAUCUUGGACUUAUUGGGGUGA